CAGGGCGGGGGCUGGGCAGGAGGCAGGCGAAGAAGCCAGGGCAGGGUGGGCUUGGGGCAGCUGGUGCCCUCCCUCUGUGUCCCUGCAGUUCGUAGCUCCUUCCGUUGGUCCUUGGAAGCACCCCCAGCCUGUCCUGUCUCCCCAGACCCCCGGCCCUCAGGCCAAGCCAGUCCCAGCUCCUCGUCCCCUCAGCCCCGCACACCUGAGCCCCCUCCAGGCCGGAGGCAGGUUGCUGGGCCGGCCUGGUCCAUCCCCUGCAAACCCUGUCCCACCAGCCAGGUGGCCUCCAGCGCUGCCAAUCCCUUUGCCCGGCCCCUCCCCGCCCCUUCCCCCGCCUCUCGCCCAGCCCCCUCCUCCUCAGGUGAGGCAGCCAGGCCUAGCAGGCCCCGCGCCACCGCCGCCGCUGCCUCUGGGGCCGCCGCUGCUGAGGGGCCACCAUGCUCCUGCCCAGGCCUGGAGACUGACCCUAAACCGGCACCAUCUCUCAGCUCCGCCCCCACCUGCCGGACCCCAGGGUCCCGCCCCGGCCCAGGAGGUCAGCCGGGGAAUCAUUAACUAGAGGCUGUGACAUGGCGGAGAAGGAGGGUGGCCGGACUGUGCCAUGCUGCUCUGGACCCAAGGUGGCAGCUCUCACUGUGGGGACCGUGCUGCUCCUGACAGGCAUCGGGGCAGCGUCCUGGGCCAUUGUGACCGUUCUACUCAGGAGUGAUCAAGAGCCGCUGUAUCCAGUGCAGGCCGGCCCGGCCGACGCUCGGCUCACGGUGUUUGACCAGACGGAGGGCACGUGGCGCCUGCUGUGCUCCUCGCGCUCCAACGCCAGGGUGGCGGGGCUCAGCUGCGAGGAGAUGGGCUUCCUCAGGGCGCUGGCCCACUCGGAGCUGGAUGUGCGGACGGCGGGCGCCAACGGCACGUCGGGCUUCUUCUGCGUGGACGAGGGGAGGCUGCCGCAUGCCCGGAGGCUGCUCGAGGUCCUUUCCGUGUGCGACUGUCCCAGGGGUCGUUUCCUAGCUACCAUCUGCCAAGACUGUGGCCAUAGGAAGCUGCCCGUCGAUCGCAUCGUGGGUGGCCAGGACACCAGCUUGGGCAGGUGGCCGUGGCAAGUCAGUCUUCGCUACGAUGGAGCACACCUCUGUGGGGGGUCCCUGCUCUCCAGAGACUGGGUGCUGACAGCCGCCCACUGCUUCCCUGAGCGGAACCGGGUCCUGUCCCGAUGGCGAGUGUUUGCCGGUGCCGUGGCCCAGACCUCACCCCAUGGCGUGCAGCUGGGGGUGCAGGCAGUAAUCUACCACGGGGGCUAUCUCCCCUUUCGAGACCCCAACAGCGAGGAGAACAGCAAUGACAUUGCCCUGGUCCACCUGUCCAGCUCCCUGCCCCUCACAGAGUACAUCCAGCCCGUGUGCCUCCCGGCUGCCGGGCAGGCCCUAGUGGACGGCAAGAUCUGCACCGUGACUGGCUGGGGCAACACGCAGUACUACGGCCAACAGGCGGGGGUACUCCAGGAGGCCCGAGUCCCCAUAAUCAGCAGUGAUGUCUGCAACGGCCCCGACUUCUACGGGAACCAGAUCAAACCCAAGAUGUUCUGUGCCGGCUAUCCUGAGGGUGGCAUUGAUGCCUGUCAGGGCGACAGCGGUGGCCCCUUCGUGUGUGAGGACAGCAUCUCUCGGACGCCACGUUGGCGGCUGUGUGGCAUCGUGAGCUGGGGCACCGGCUGUGCCCUGGCCCAGAAGCCAGGCGUCUACACCAAAGUCAGUGACUUCCGGGAGUGGAUCUUCCAGGCCAUAAAGGUGAAAUUUGGGCCCAGAUGGGAGCCAGAGGGUGGAAGGGUUUGGGACUCUGAGGGGGAAAGGGAGCCAGGGUUUUCCAGAAACCAGCGCUCAGGCUUAGAAGAGGGUGCCCUAGGGAACGGAUAGCCUUCAAAGGGCUCCUGGGGAGGGGAGUUCAGCUGUGGGACUUUGGGGGAAGCCUCUCAGACCUUGGAAGCCCCUAGUUGUCUUUCCCCAGACUCACUCCGAAGCCAGCGGCAUGGUGACCCAGCUCUGACCUGUGGCUUCUCCUCGCUGUGCGCGCCUGCAGGGCCCAAGCUGCUCUAGGUGGCUCCAGCCCACAUGAUGGGGUUCACCCUGGGAUGGAACAUUUUUCUUCUUGGGCCCAGCCCACAGGUCCAAGGAUACCCUCCCUCCAAGGUCCUCCACAGUGGCGGGCCCACUCAGCCCUGGGACCACCCGAGCCUCACCCUUCUGACCCCCAUGUAAAUAUUGUUCUGCCGUCUGGGGAGUCCCAUCUAGUGCCCCUGAUGACAGGAUGCUCUUUAAAUAAUAAAGAUGGUUUUGAUUAA